CGGUAGCUCCAGGUUAUUCUGCCAUUUGCCCUCCAAAAAGAACAGAUACACGCACACACACACACACACACACACACACAGACACAAACAGCAGAGUACACAACAUUACAGGAGACAACGUGACUGUUUUCAUCUUCAAGAUUCAAUUUGGGGGAUUCUUUAUUUUGUCGUGUCACCUGGAGCUGCCCCACCGACCAUGAAUCCAGAAUACGACUACCUGUUCAAACUUCUUCUGAUCGGUGACUCUGGAGUCGGAAAGUCAUGUCUGCUGCUGCGCUUCGCGGAUGACACCUACACUGAGAGCUACAUCUCCACCAUCGGGGUCGACUUCAAGAUCAGGACCAUCGACAUGGACAGCAAGACAGUGAAACUACAGAUUUGGGACACCGCAGGUCAGGAGAGGUUUCGAACCAUCACCUCCAGCUACUACAGGGGAGCCCACGGCAUCAUCAUCGUCUACGACGUCACGGAGCAGGAGUCCUUCAACAAUGUGAAGCAGUGGCUGGACGAGAUAGAUCGCUACGCCUGUGAGAACGUCUCCAGGCUGCUGGUGGGGAACAAGUCUGACCUCGACAGUAAGAAGGUGGUGGACGUCGCCACUGCUCAGGACCUGGCCUCGUCUCUCAAGGUCCCCUUCCUGGAGACCAGCGCCAAGAGCUCGGACAACGUGGAGCGGGCUUUCCUCACCAUGGCCUCGGAGAUCCACAAGCGCGUGGCCAGCGAGGGAGGGGGGAUGCAGGGCGAGUCGAAGGAGGCCCGGGCCCAGAGUGCCAAGAUCAACAGCGCCCCGCUGUGGCUGGGAGGGGAGAAGCAGACGCCGCAGGCCGCCAACUGCUGCUGAGCAGGGGGGGCGUGACCAAAUGUUCCAAACCAGAGGUGUGUCAUUGUAGGCACAUCUGUCGAGUUUCAGGACCAUGUGAUUGUUAUGCUUUGGACACACAGUUAUUGUCAGAAUGUUGACACCUUUGCUACUAAACUAAUAAUAUGACCGUGUCAGGAAGAAAAAACGUGUUUUUAGCUAGACUACAAUCUAUUUUGGCGCUUGGUAUUUUUUUAUUCAAUAUUUGAUAGCAUUUCUUCUUCAUUGAGGGCACACAGAUGACAGGAAUGAAAUAAUUCGGCCAAAUGAACAACGAGGACCGUGUGGGUUUGGGAGGAGGACCACUCAUUACUCAAAAGUUAAGAUGGAAAUAGCAAAGAGUUUUCCGACAAGUCACGUGCAACAAUAUUUGACUAACACAAAAUGAGAAGAGCUGUAUGAUAUCAUGAGUUUGAGCUGUUAGAUUUAAACGGUGACUUCCCA